CCAGUGUGUGUACUUACUUUGUUAGCUUCACAGGUAAAACCACGGUAUUUGAUAAAAAUGAUUUACGCUUUUUUAAUUGGUUUGGUUGUGUUGGUGGCGUCGGCAGCUGCUUCUAAUUGUCCUGUUUGCGACUCCAACGACUAUAACCCGGUUUGCGCUUCAGGUAAACGCUUCAUGAACCUUUGCCAGCUCAAGAGACAAGUAUGUUUGGGAAAAGUAGUACUCGAGGACGGAAAAUAUGAAAAGUGUCCCCCAGCCCUAUCCCAGUCUCACGAGAAAACCAUGCGCAUGGGACACAUUGAGUGUGCAGAGCCCCAAAACCAAAACUUUGACCAUUUUUCAUCAACUCACCCGGUGUUACGAUUUUUCCAGCGUCUGUUUACAUAUCUAACCCAAUAAAUUUUGCUUCUGCCGAA